UGCCGGAAGUGCGUCAGUGCCCUCUAGUAAAUAUUCUGAUAACUUCACAGAAAACUUUCCAAAUGGAAGUAAUUAAAGAAAGAUCUGCAAUAUUAAGUAAUUAUGAGGUAUAUUCAUUGUUAAAAAAGUUGCAAGAAAAAAGACAUAUGAAACAUCAGAAAAAUCUAGCAACAAUUACAUAUGAGACAAUCCAAUAUCUAGAACAAACAUCAUGUACACAUCAAAAUGAAGAAGUUAUUGGUGAAUUUUUAAAGGCACUUCAACCUUUUAAUUUAACCAAAGUGGAAAAAUUGCAGUUAUUGAAUCACAGACCUGCAACACUAGUAGAAAUACAAUUAUUAAUAGAAGAAAGUGAAGAGAGGCUUACUGAAGAACAAAUGCAAGAAAUUCUCGAAGUGGUUGCUAGAUUUUUACCUGGAGGACAAGAUGAAGAACAAGAUGACCAAGAUUCCAAUUGAUAAAUUAAUAAUAAAUAUUUUAAAAUAUAUUAUGUAAAUAUUUAAUCAGUUGGUCUUUAAAUGUAAAUAAUGAAAAAAUAUGAAUCAAAACAUGCAUCAUUUGAAAUAUUCCAAAUAAAUUUUUUUUUAAUACUA